AAAUUUUAUUGAUUGAAAAAGAAAUAUAUUUUUUCCUCUAAAAAUAGAGGAAUGGGUACAUAUGUCGUUGAACGCUGAUUAUAGGCCAAGGGCGGCUAAGGCUAAGUCCCGCCAUUAACGUGCAUACUCUGCUUUCACUAAUGGCUGCAUUCUCUGUGACCGUUACCACUUCACCUUCUCCAUGCCUUCUUCAACGCCGUCGUUUCUCCACUCCUUCACCUUCUACCCAUCUUCAUGGUUCAUUUUCGCAAAAUCAGAAAAUUGGGAUUUUCGAUUACGAACGAAACUGGAGGAGGAAGAGGAGAACUUUAAUGUGUGCAGUCAAUCAAGAUGCCAAGGAAGCAAUGAAAGACACUGUCGAAACUGAUAGCCUGAUAGGUGUGCUGGGAGAAACAGAUUCUGACCAGGAUGGGAGUAGAACUUUUCUCAAGGUAUGUGACAAAAGUAUUGAAGCCUGGUCGCAAUUUGCCAGAAGAGUCUCUGGUGAAUGGGAUGGAUUUGGAGCAGAUUUCAAUAAUGAAGGGAAGGCAAUCGAAUUGCCAGAGUCGGUGGUGCCUGAAGCAUACCGGGAGUGGGAGAUUAAAUUAUUUGAUUGGCAGACUCAGUGCCCCACUCUUGCUGAACCAGAAGAUCAUGUUCUUGUAUACAAGUCCAUUCAAUUACUUCCAACUGUUGGAUGUGAGGCUGAUGCUGCCACACGGUACAGUGUGGAUGAGAGGAAAGUGGGAGGGGAAAAUAGUGGAGUUACUGCCUUUGCUUACCAAUCCAGUGGUUCUUAUGUUGCUGUCUGGCAAAAGGAUAACUUGUUUGAGUUGGAGUACUGCUUGAUCCAUCCUCAAGAUUUUGAAUCUCGGGUUAGGAUUAUUCAGCUUAUCCGUGUAUUAAAUAACACAAAGAUGGUACUGCAGAGUAUUAGAGUAUUUCGUGAGCAGUGGUAUGGGCCAUUCAGAAAUGGUGACCAACUAGGAGGUUGUGCUAUUCGUGAUUCUGCCUUUGCUUCUACUGCACCCAUGAUUGCUUCAGAUGUCGCUGGUAUCUGGCAGGGAUCUAAAGCUGUUGCCACUUUUGGCACUCCAAACACUGAGAUCUUUCGAGAGCUUUUAGAUGACCAGGUGCAGAACUCUGUCAGAGAUGGAGACAACAGCAUAUUACUUCCUAAGCAACUGUGGUGUUCGCUUAAACAAAGCAUGGAUGGUGAAACUCUUAGUGAAGUUGGAUGGCUUCUAGAUCAUGGACAAGCAAUCACAUCAAGGUGCCAAUUCUCAAGCACUGCAAAGCCACAGGAAAUAUCAAUAGCCUUAGAAACUAGAGCCUUGGAAUAGGAAUAGCCACACUGGCAAUCCAUUCUGAUCCAAAUUUGUUUAGAUUCCUAUAAGGCGGUUCUUUACUAGGUGAUUUAUUCAUGUAUAAAUAUGGCAAAUUUGUAGCAAAAAUGUGUUAUUUAAAUCAUUCAUUUUAACCCGUGUAUAUAUAAGGUCGAUUUAUUUUAUCUUUCAUGGAAUGUUUCUUUGCGGUACAGUAAGUUUAAAGGUUUAUUUAUAUUUCCAUAACUUAUGUUCCAUG